AUGGCAGACCAAACUCAGCCGGGUACAAUCAGCGCCGCCUUCCCAGCUCCACCGCCCUUCUACAAGUCUUUCACGCCGCAGAACCUCGAGCGCUUACAAGAGCAUCUCGAAUCCUCAGGCCAACCUACCUCGCCAGCUACACAACCAACCACAGCGCCUAUUCCAGACGUCCUCUCUCUACCACCCGAACUACGCAACCUCAUACCUCCUCCUCCACCAGCAGAGGGCAAAUACCGCUCUUUCGGCACCCUUCACGAAGUCUCUCCGACACCGGCCUCCGAAGACCAGCAAACACCGACCCCCACCCGCCUUCUCUCCCUCACGCAUAAAAUCCUAUUGACCUUUCUCUCCCUCACCAACGCCCUGGCGACCAACCCUGCCGGUUACGGCCCCAUAUGGGACGAGCUGCACGAAUUGUUCCAGGAGGUCCACAAGGUCAUUAAUGGGUAUCGACCGCAUCAGGCGAGGGAAACGCUGAUUCUGAUGCUGGAAGAGCAGCUGGAGAGGGUGAGGGGUGAGACGAAGGGGUUGGGAGAGACUGUGGGGAGGGCGAAGGAGGUUGUCGAAAUGCUGGGGAGGGAAGACCGAGGGGGAGGUGUGGGCCAUGGUGUGGAAACGGACCAGCUUCGAGAACCUGUGAGCCAGGGAAAUAGGGAGGAGGAAGACGUGGAAAAGCGGAUUUGGACAGUGUUGGAGAGGGAGGUUGGGAGAUGUUAG